AUGGCGGCUCCGUCUGGGCAGACGACGCAGCGGCUUCUGCGGGAGCUGAAGGACUACUCCAAGUCACCGAAUGAGGCAUUGUUGCACCUCGGUCCUGUGGAUGAGGAGGACUUACUGCGGUGGGAGGCGGUCCUCAAGGGCGUGGAUGGUUCUCCGUAUGAGGGCGGGCUGUGGCACCUCCGCAUCGCAAUUCCCCCCAACUAUCCCCUCGCCCCGCCCACCAUCCACUUUACGACGCGCAUUUCGCACCCCAACAUCUCCUUUACCACCGGCGAAAUCUGCCUGACCCUCCUGACAACCGAGCACUGGAGUCCCGUCUACACGCUCUCGUCCACCCUCACCGCCAUCCAGCAGCUCCUCACGGACCCACAGCCCGACUCUCCGCUGAACGUGGAUGUGGCGGCCCUCCUACGUGACGGCGAUAUCGCGGCGUGGGAGAGCGUGGUGCGAUACUGGACAAGCGAGGAACGCUGGAAGGGGCCGACCGGUCGGUGA